AUGUCGCGACAGAGAUCAUUUCUCGCCUCAUUCUUGACCACCGUCGAGCCGCCGAAGACUCAAUCCACUGAGAAUGAUUUUGAGUUCAGCUCAACCUCGACCUUGGAGUUGUACAAGAGGACCAAUGCUCUGAGGGAGGUCAGCCAGCAUGAUGGCAAAAAGAUCGUUGAGGACAUAGUCAACAAUAUAUUCAACAGCAAGCAGGGCCUGGCCAACCUGUCCAGCUCGGAGUGCUCCGUUGAAAGGGAGAUUCAGGAGUCCGUGAAGAUGGACCCGCGCCUGAAGCUCUGGUACGAUACGCUGCAUGACCGCACCGAGACGCAGAUGAAGAUCCAGCGCAAGAUCGGCCGCAGUGCCCAUGAAAUGCUCAUCAAUCUGCCCACCUCCGUGGAGCAGCGGGACAAGGGCACUGUUCAGCGCUUGAUGGAUUACGCCACGCGCAUGAAUCCCACAUCGCUGGUCCAGAAGAGGCCCGUCGAAAUGCCUGGCUACUUUGAUACGGAGCGUUGCCAUGACGUGAAUAAGUUGGUCGAAACACUACCGCUGGCCGAAAGACAAGGAGAAGCCAACGUGGAGAUUAUUGGACUAACCAAGGCCACCAAACAGGAGAUACUGGGACCGUUGUACAAUGCGAAGCACUCCCACCCGAAUGAGAAGGGAAAGUGGAUUGAUUCCGAGCUGCUCGACGAGGGCAUCGAGAAGAAAUGCAGCGACAUCAAGCGGGUGCUUCAGCACUAUCCGGACGUGGAUCAUCUCGAGGUGGUGGGCACCAAUAUGCAGGAGGUACUGAACCUCGAGUACCAUGGCGGCGUCAAGGAUAUUGAACGCUUGUCCACUGAUACUAUGUACAACAUCAGCAGCACUACCCAGGAGCUGGGGGACGAGGAGCAGGAGGAGGAGCAGGACGCAGAAGUUGAACAGAUUCCAAAAUAUGCCCCAGAACACAUCCCUGCGGUAGCUCUCAAAAUCAAUGAUGAGGUAUUUUUUCAACCAGAACGACGUAGCCGGGACUCUGUGAUCUAUGACAUAUAUUUCGAGUGUCAUCCAUACCAGAACGUGAUGAAGCAGGUCCUUCGCUUGGAGAACGUGGGCCGGCAGGUCAUAACCUGUCAGUGGGCCAAUGUGGAGUUCUACAAACGCAAUCCGCAGUUUUUGGGUCCUAAUCUUGAGACCUUCUUUCUGGAGCGCACCAACUUUGCCCUCUUUCCGGGCGAGGUUCAUGAAACGAAUGUCCUGUUCCGGCCACGCCGGUGCCUGGUGCAGAAGCAGCGCUGGGAGCUGCGGGUAUUCCCCAAUGUCUUCUGCAAUUAUCGGGACACAAUCGUCUUGAAGUUGCACGGCAAGUGCCUACCUGCACCGGAGUACACACAGAAGGUACAGAAGCAGAUGGACCUUGUGUUGAACAAGUCAAAGACACAGAUGGCCACAAAGUUAACAGAGCUCAAGGCCACUCUGGUGCCUCUCAUCCAGCCCCACGAGCUGCUCUGCCCCUACGAGCGCAUUUUCGACGAGCGUGAGAUCUUCAAUUCCCAGAACGUGGGCUACCACUGCGAUCGGUUCGACGAUCUGGAAACACUGAAGACCCUGUACCAGUCCUUGAAGAAGCCCCGUGAACCGGCCUGGGAUCUGCGCUUGGAAACGAUCAAGAAGGUAAUCCUGCGCAUCGCCGAGGUAGAGCAGAGGGAGGAGAACUUCAAGAAGCUCGUUGAGGUCAAGACCUCCCUUAAAAGCGGCGCCGGGGACUUCAUUCAGACCCCCAUCCUGUUCCUUGGUCACAGCACCGAGCAGGAUCGAUCGCGAUUCAUUUACGUGCGAGGCAGCAUUGGCAACGGCCUAGAAGAGUGGGAGGAGCUAGUCUUAUCCCUGGAACAGAGCUCUUACAAGUCUGAGCUGGCCUGUUUCUAUGCUAAAACCAUCGAAGAAGAAGAAGAAGAGGAGGAGGAUUCCUUUGCGGAAGAGGAGCUGAGUCCUUUGCUGCGAAAACUCCGCCGCGACAAUCCCCAGCUUUAUGUUCUACUGAAAAUGCGCUCCAAGAAGUACUACCGGGACGCCCUCUACAUGCUGACCUAUACCCAUCUCUGCGACAUGGCCGAGAAUGUAGUGUCCAUUAUCGAGAGCACACAGUUUGUUUAA